GUACAGUCAGCGCAGUUUGAGUGCCAAUAAGCGCGAAUACAGUACAUGAUAUCUUAUUUUCAGUAAAAGAGAUUCUGCAGAGGAGAUUUAUAUAUAAGAAGAAUCUAAUUCCUCGUUACAAGAUAUUGGUAGUUGUGGCAAGGUUUGUGGUAGAGGUAGUAGCCACGUAACAGCUGAUGGCAGUACACACUCUCAGCUGCUCAGUUUGUUUACCAGUGUAACAUAGGACGCCAAAGAGAGAGGGUGUGCGCCUGCGUGCCUCGCUGUCCUCGAUAACACGCACAUAUUGACAUCUAAAACAAAUGGGAGAAGCAGACCUGCGUGGUGAACCCUCAGCUGCCACACUCCGAUGACACCCCCCACCCACUGAGGAAAGGUGUUCGACUCUGUAGUACGCUGUAUUCAGUAGAUAUUUUUACCUGUGAUUAUCUAGUCCAUCAUCUAGAUAUUGAGUAAUAAUCCUGGAAACACGUUCAGAACUCUCUUGGCUGUUUUGCACUUAAGGCGGGACCUACUACAGUAUAUGAAACUGCUGUAGUUGUGAAUGUAUAUUGUUACAUUUGAUGGUAAAUUAUUAUUACUGUAUAGUGGGAGAAAAUACUCAAUGUAAUAAUUGUUUAUACAUAAGUGAAAAAGGGGUGUUAAUUUAAAGGAAUAGAAGAGAUAAUUUGCUUGGCAUAUGUACAGUACAAAAUAAGGUUGAACAUUGUACUGUAUGUACUCAGAUACAGAACUGUACUAAUAUUAAAAAAAGUGCAAGAAUAACCUUUUGUGAAAUUGCUGUGUAAGUAAUGCUUUACACAAUGUGUUAUAAAAAAUCUAAAUGAAAUUGUGAAUGUUACAGUGCUUCUGAAGAUGUGUAUAAGUGAAGACUAAAUGAAGGGAAUUUUUAACUCAAACAUUGGUACAGAUUCUCUCAAGAUAUCCAGAUAAUUUAUAAGAGUUGCAGAUCAUAUGAACUUUUAUCUUUACAAGUGAACAGUUGACACAAGUAAAGAUGGCUAUAACAGGUGAAGGAGAAGAGCCUAUGGUGGAGGAGGGAGCCCAGUCAGUUAUUAUUCCCACCAGAAACACCAGCCAGGCGGAGGACAGUGUUGAUGUUCCUUCCCCGGGCAGUAAUGACACCCCAAUGACUGAAAUGUCAGCCAUAGAGAAUGGCCACGUGCAGUUGAUGGUCGCAGACGAGCCAACACUAGCCGAGAAAGUUGCCAUGGAAAAUUAUGAUGUACCGGCUCACGUGUUGGCCUUUGUCCCACCGGAUGGAGGCUGUCGGGCAUGGCUAGUAAUGUUUGCCUCCUUCCUGUGCAAUGGUAUUAUAUUCGGAACAAUAAAUUCAAGUGGAUUACUUUAUGCCGACCUUGUCAAAAAACUUCAAGAUGCUGGGGACCCCAACGCUGCCUUCAAAACUUCUAUGAUGACGUCACUAGCCAUUGGGUCAACGUUCCUGCUAUCCGUGGUGGCUGGGGUUCUAACAGACAACCUGGGUAUCCGACUCACCACCUUCAUCGGGGGAGCCUUAGCUACUGCCGGCAUGUUCAUCUCUUCCUUCUUCUGUGAUCAA